GUAAAGUCGAGAUGCAGUCGUUCCUCAUACUGAACAUGUGUUUAUGAGUGUGAAGAACGCAUUAGAUGCGACCACAGCCAUGACACACUCACAGCCGAGGAUUAUCCUGUUAUUCAGUGGGAAGCGGAAGUCAGGGAAGGAUUAUGUGGCCGAUUUGAUUCAGCACAGGCUGACUGCAGAGGUGUGCUGUAUACUCCGACUGUCUGCGCCACUCAAACAGCAGUAUGCACAGGAUCAUGAUCUGGACUACGAGGAGCUGCUGGGCUGUGGUCAGUAUAAGGAGAGGCAUCGGGCCGAGAUGAUCCGCUGGGGAGAGAUGAGGAGACAGCAGGACUCGGGCUUCUUCUGCCGGCUGGCCGUCCAACAUGCCGCGCGACCCGUCUGGAUCGUCAGCGACUGCAGGAGGAGAUCGGAUGUACAGUGGUUCCGGCAGGAGUUUCCCGACCGAUGUGUGUGUGUGCGUGUGGAGGCGUCAGAGCAGACCAGAUCACAAAGGGGCUGGAGGUUCACCACAGGUGUGGACGACGCGGAGUCCGAGUGCGGUCUGGAUGAGGGACUGGAGUUCGACUGGAUCCUGCAGAACGACGGAGAACACGAGCGUCUGGAGAAACAGCUGGAGGAGCUUCUGUCGUCGCUCACUCGAACAUGAACACGCUCCGUAAACCUCAAUAUCUGACCAUAAUCAACAUAUCUGACCAUAAACCUCAG